AAGACUGAGACUGAAACGACAGUUGGUGGAGUCGAGGUAGGAACACGGGAGAAUGGAGGUGCAGGUGCCAGGAAUGCAGAAGUAGUGCACUAGGGAAUCGUGUAGAGACACAGUGCUGGACCUUCCGUCUGUAGAUGAGCUGAUGGUCGUUCAGAUGGAUUCUGUUCACAAGGGACGUAACAUUUAUGAGUUCCCAGGUAGACCCCGAGGAACUUUUCACCAAGUUGGAGCGAAUCGGUAAAGGAUCGUUUGGUGAGGUCUUCAAAGGCAUCGAUAAUCGCACCCAGAGCGUAGUAGCCAUUAAGACUAUAGAUCUGGAAGAGGCCGAAGAUGAUAUUGAAGAUAUACAACAAGAGAUCACCGUACUGAGUCAAUGUGACAGUCCUUAUGUCACCAAGUACUAUGGGUCAUACCUAAAGGGCAGUAAACUAUGGAUCAUCAUGGAGUAUCUAGGAGGGGGCUCAGCUCUAGACCUGUUGCGUGCAGGUCCGUUUGAUGAGUGCCAGAUUGCCACCAUGCUGAGGGAGAUUCUGAAGGGUCUGGAUUACCUUCACUCGGAGAAGAAGAUACACAGAGAUAUUAAAGCUGCCAACAUCCUCCUCUCUGAGCAGGGGGAGGUGAAGCUAGCAGACUUUGGAGUGGCUGGACAGCUGACCGACACCCAGAUGAAGAGAGAGACAUUUGUAGGCACACCGUUCUGGAUGGCACCUGAAGUCAUACAACAGUCUUCUUAUGAUCACAAGGCUGAUAUCUGGUCUUUAGGUAUAACAGCUAUAGAGCUGGCUAAAGGAGAGCCUCCUAACAGUGACAUACACCCUAUGAAAGUUCUCUUCCUGAUCCCUAAGAGCAGUCCUCCGUCCCUCGGGGAAGACUUCUCUAAGAGUUUCAAAGAUUUCACAGACUCCUGUCUCAAUAAGGAUCCAGUCUUCAGACCCUCAGCCAGAGAGUUGUUAAAACAUAAGUUCAUAGAGAAAAACUGUAAGAGGACUUCCUAUCUGACUGAACUGAUUGACAGGUUGAAGAGAUGGAAGACUGAAGAACACAGCGAUGACGACUCUAGCUCAGACGACGAUAGUGAGUCCAGUAACAAGGAGGACAGUCCAUCUCAACCCGCGUGGUCGUUCACCACCAUACGGAAGAAAGAUAAGGACGGCAGGAAGGACCAGCACAGUUUAUCCACAGUCAUCUCUCCAGUCUUCUCAGAGCUGAAGUUUGAUCACAGGGACAGGGAUGAACAGAGACGUGCUAUAGAGGAGUUGGAGAGAAAUAUCAGACUGACUGAAGACCUCUGUCCUGGAAUCACAGACAAGAUGGUCGCCACGAUCAUGACACGCUUCAGGACGUUGACUCCAACAUAAAAGAGAAGAGAUGGAAGGAGAGAGAGAUUCGAGGACGAUUCCAGAUAAACGAGGGAAGAAAGAAGAAGUGCAGAAAUUCUGUCUAGUCAUGUCGACACACACACACACACACACACCAGUAAUGUAACUAAACGUUCCUUUCUUGCUGAAUAUCUUGGGACUCAGUAGAUAAGGCUUUACUCUACUGUCUACCUCGAGACAUAGAGCUGAAUACCUUGGGACUCAGUAGAUAAGGAUAGCUAUAAACAGUAUAGUAGUGGAUCUGUAGGGUGUUCUAUUCUACAAUUCAGUUAGAAUGUCAUCCCACCGACAUUCCAGUUCCGGAGCCAUUCAUCCCCAGUGUUCUAUUCUAGAAUUCAGUUAGAAUGUCAUCCCACCGACAUUCCAGUUCCGUAGCCAUCUAGAACCCUUUUGCACAUUUCCUUCUCCCAUUGUACAAUAAAUAACUCAGGGCUGUACUUUUUAAAUCUGUACCUGUAUAUUGGGAUUUGAAACAUGUUCUUGGUUUUAUAUGGGAUUAGUAGUUCAUACAUGUCUGGGAAAGUUUGAAAAUGUUGCGUGAUCCAUUUUUAUAUUUCAAUAGAUGUUGAAAGAGUAAUGUUGUAAAUAUAGUUUGAUCAAAAUUGUGUGUGUAAAUUGGUACCAGUAUAGAGUGUAUUGGUACCAGUAUAGAGUGUGUUGGUACCAGUAUAGAGUGUAUUGGUACCAGUAUAGAGUGUAUUGGUACCAGUAUAGAGUGUAUUGGUACCAGUAUAGAGUGUGUUGGUACCAGUAUAGAGUGUAUUGGUACCAGUAUAGAGUGUAUUGGUACCAGUAUAGAGUGUAUUGGUACCAGUAUAGAGUGUGUUGGUACCAGUAUAGAGUGUGUUGGUACCAGUAUAGAGUGUGUUGGUACCAGUAUAGAGUGUAUUGGUACCAGUAUAGAGUGUAUUGGUACCAGUAUAGAGUGUGUUGGUACCAGUAUAGAGUGUGUUGGUACCAGUAUAGAGUGUAUUGGUACCAGUAUAGAGUGUAUUGGUACCAGUAUAGAGUGUGUUGGUACCAGUAUAGAGUGUAUUGGUACCAGUAUAGAGUGUGUUGGUACCAGUAUAGAGUGUAUUGGUACCAGUAUAGAGUGUGUUGGUACCAGUAUAGAGUGUAUUGGUACCAGUAUAGA